UUUUCUUUUAGGACAGCAGAGGAUGAAGUACUAUGAAUUGAUAGUCAAUGGAUCCUACACCCCACAGACUGUGCCAACAGGAGGGAAAGCACUCACUGAAAAGCUUCUCCCACCUCCUCCACAACCUGAGAUGUCUGAUUCCCGUAGACGUCACUCAACUGAUGCAGUAUUUCCCUCUGUCACACUGCCUCCCACACCUGGUAACAGCACUCCUAGUUCUCAGGACACAGCAUACUCAAGUGGCCGUCAAGAUACACCUUCUUCAUUUGGACAGUUUACCCCACAGUCUUCUCAAGGCACUCCUCAUACCCCUCGGGGAGGCACCCCUUACUCCCAGGACUCUGCUUACUCUGGCAGACAAGGGACUCCUGGAUAUUCCACUUACCUUUCAGAAACUGGAUAUAAUUCUCGAAGACAAGAAAAUAGUUUUCAGGAUUCCUAUUCCCGGAGACCAGGGCAACACUAUUCACAAAGUACUUCUCACUACCGAAGCAAUGAUCAGCAUUAUCCUCCAUAUAACCAGCAGUACGAAGGGGGAGCAUUUGCACAUGUCCAUGAUGGUGGCAGAAGGUAUCAACGGCACAUGGAGGGGAGGACUUACCAUCACCAUGAUGGGCCAUCUUACCACCAUCCAAGGGAAGAAACAUCUUAUCACCCUCAGGACCCAUCAUUUCACCACAUGCUUCAGAAUCGGAGUCACCAUGAUGAAUCAUCCUACCCUGUUAUUCCUGUCUCAGACGGACCUCAUUUUCAAAAUAGUCAGGGAUUCAGUCAGCAAGGAGAUAUGUAUAUUGCACAGAACUCUUUUACCACCUAUCAGAGUCUGACUGAACCUGCCACAUCUACGUUUCCUCUGCACUUAGAAAAAGCCUUUGAGCAACCUUCUGGAGACAAGGACUAUCGAAUCUUACCUGUUCACCAGGAAGCAUUUGGAGCAAACAGCCUUGUACAUCCAGCCCUUUUCACUCAGGAAGCAAAAGAGACAUCCAGCCCUCCUGCUGCCCCUGUCAGUGAGGAGCGAUCACAAUCUCCAAAACCUAUGCAGGUGUCACCCGCCAGGUCAGGUUCCCCAGAACCGCAUUCAACCAAUGAAAGUGUACCUUUUGCCCACCACAGUAGCUUGGACUCCCGAAUAGAGAUGCUACUAAAGGACCAGAGGUCAAAAUUUUCUUUCUUGAACUCUGAUACUGAGGAGGAGGAGGAGAAGGAUACAGAGCAGCAUGGUCCUUCCACACCCCCUCCCCCUCUACCUGCAAACUUUGAGGAUGUUGCUGUGGAGUCUGGAAGAAGAAAAGGUUCUCCUACGGAGAAUGGACAGGAAGGAGUUUCCCACCAGUCUUCAGGAGAAGAUAUGGAGAUCUCUGAUGAUGAAGCAGAUGAUCAGUCACACACUGAGCAGCACUUUCAGGUCAUCACACCGACAAUGGGGUCAUUGCCCAUUGUAUCAGGUUUUCACAAUCACCCAGGACUCUCUCUCCAACAUCCUCAGCCUGGUUACUCAUUGCAGCCACAAGCUGGUGUCCACACAAUGCCACCUCAUAUCCCGGGGACUGAAGUGGGGCCACAUUCACAGGUCCAGGAAUAUGCUACUUCUCACCACAUGCAGCCUACAUCUCAGGACUUUGUCCAGCCCUCUGCCCCUCCCCCACACAUCUAUGACUUUGUUAAUUCAAUGGAACUUAUGAAUCGCCUUGGCAGUCAGUGGGGUGGCAUGCCAAUGUCUUUUCAAAUGCAGACACAAAUGCUCAGCAGAUUGCAUCAGAUGAGUCAGAACAAAGGUCAGGGGGCAUUUGAAGAACACUUCCAGCCAUUUCUGCCCCACCAGGAUGCAGCAUUUGUCAACCAUCUUUCCUAUGAGCAAUAUCCACUGGACCACAAUGGCUUGCAUUUUGAUAGUGACCACCGUUUUCUUCCCCAUCACCAUCAUGGACUGUAUGACUAUCACAUGGAGCCUUGGCAGCAAGAGGUUAAGGAUCCUCAUGCUGUUACAGUAGAUAAUGUGCUUUCAGCAAUUAUGCAGGAAAUGAAAAAUAUCAUUCAGAGAGACCUUAACCGCAAAAUGGUGGAAAACAUUGCUUUCGGUACUUUUGAUGAGUGGUGGGAACGUAAAGAACAAAAGGCAAAGCCUUUCCAGAAUGCUGCGAAACUCCAGGCAAAGGAAGAAGAACGAGAGAAGGUGAAGCCAAAAGAACCUGCUCUUUUGUCACUGGUAGACUGGGCAAAGAGUGGUGGUACUGGUGGCCCAGAGGGCUUUGGUUUUGGAACAGGAUUGAGAGGAGCUCUCAGACUACCUUCUUUUAAGGUAAAACGGAAAGAACCAUCAGAAAUGUCUGAGGAGAAUGAACAGAAACGUCCACGUCCUUCAACUCCAGCUGAGGAAGAUGAGUACGAAGCCGAACAGGAAAAAGAACCCAUUGACCGUGAUCAACAGGGCAUGAAACCUUCCAAGAUAGAAACAGGGAGAAGAAAGUCACAGACUAAACAGCAGAAAUCUCUUGACCUGGACAGUGAAGGAGAGGAAACAUCAGAUGAAUCUUCUUCAGAAAAAGAAGAAGAUGAUGAUGAAGAGGAAGAUGAUUUGGACUUAAGUGAGAAGGAAGAGGAGUCUGAAGAUGAAAUUGCAAGUGAAGCAUCAUCCAAACCAGAAGCUGAAUCAGAAGAAGAUAGUGCAUCUACAUCUGAAUCUGAAAGCUGUUCCUCUUCAAGUUCUGAUGAAGAGGAGGAGGAGGAAGUGGCUGCAGAGGAAAGUCAAGAGGAGACUGCUGAAGAGACUACUGAUACAGUAGAUGACUUGACCAUGGAUAGCUGCCUUACAGAAGAGGCAGGAAAGGACAUUGAAGCAGAGGAGAAAGAUAAUAUUGUGGCAGAGAAGGACGGCAUAGUGGUCAACAAAGAUGCUGAGACACCAGGAAAGGAUAGCGAAUCAAUGGGGGUAGCCAGCGAGGGUUUGGUAAAGACCGUUGAAACUGAGGAAGUUAAAGUCCAGCCUAUGCUCCAUGAAUCAGAAGUGCUCAAAGAAGAACAGCAGGAACUUAAAGCUGAAGAAAGACCAGGGGAUGCAGAAGAACAUAAAAAGUCUGAUGCAGUUCCUGUUAAAGAGGAGGAAGAGGAGGAAAAUAAUGUAUUUGCACAGGUAACAAGUCCUAUGGAAGUUAUACCAAAGAAAGAGGACCAUUCUUUACCAUCGACGUUACUUCCACCACUUAAGAAGAGGCGGAAAACUGUUUCCUUUUCUAUGGUAAGCAAAGAUGAUGCAUCUGAGAGUACAGCUGUUAAGGAACCCGAGGUCCAAGAAGAUAUUUCUGACUUUGGUACACCAAAAUUCCUCGAAGAUACAGAAACGUCUGCAUCACUAAUUGAUGCCAAGCCAGUUGCUGAAGCCUUGGACUUGUCUACUGUGAAAUCUCCUUUGAAAUCAGAAGUGCCCUUAUCUUCACCUUCAUCUGAGCAUCCACCCCUCCCCCCUGUAGCCAUUCCUGCCAAUCUGGAAACACCUGCUGAGCCUUUAAUGAAAUUGACAGUAAGUCCUGAAGUCCCAGUGUUGCAGACACAGACUGAUUCUGUGGUGACAGACACCUCUGGGAUAGCAGUGGACAGAGCUUCAUCUGAAAUGGUUGUCAAGCCACUUUCUUCUUCUGAAUUAUUGUCUACUCCCCAGUUAAAGUCUCCGACAAGAAAGCGAGAAUCCCCCAGAACACCACCUAGGACUGUGAAUAAUUUACCACUGGAUCAUGCUGCACUUGUGAAAGCACCAUGGGAAGAGCCUUCCUCAGGAGGACUUUCUCGGACAAGAUCUCGGAGUUCUGAAUCUGGAUUUAGGACUCCUACUCGGGAUUCUUCCUACAGCACUUCAAUGUACCCUGAUUCUCCAGGUUACAAGAUCCCAGAUGAGUCAUACUUUGAGGAUCAAAGACUUAAGCUAAAAGAACAUCUUAGUGCCACCUCACUUUUGGAGCUUGCUAAUACUGCUUUUUCUCCACCACAGACCUCAUCAGAUGUACAAACAGCAAAACCACAGGACAGAAAUCUGGCAACAAUACAGACUACACCGUCUGUAGGAGAGACCAAAAUAAAGGUUAGUAAGGAGCAGGAUUCUGAAGGAACUGAGACUUCUGACGAGGCAGAAGAGCGUACAACUGAUUUUGAGCCAGUGCUGCAAGUAGAACAUCUUGUACUCCUGGAGCAUAACUACUGUAAACCUGUAACUGUCAUCUCACCACCAGAUGCCAGAAAAAGGCAAAGAGGUAACACAGGAGAUGCCCAAGCAAGUGUUAUCAUUCAGAUGGACCUUCUUAGCAGUAAUAAUGAAGUUGUGCUUGAGGCUCCUGAAGAAGUAGUUAUGGGAGCUGAUAUUCCUGAACCUGCAGCAAAGUCCAUCUUGAUGGUUGGUGAGCUUCAGACUUCAGUUUUGCCCUCUGUAUCUAAGGAAGAGAAAGAGAAGACCCGUCAAAGGGAGAAGAACCGGAAGAAGAAGCACAGAGAUAAGCAACGAGUGCAAGAGGUGGCCAAGACUGAGAAUGACAAGGAGCUGGAGUUCAUUGAUAUUCUGAAGGUAGAUGAGGAUCAGGAACCACAGAAGAAGAGGUCACUGCGGUCACAGCCAAAGUCUAAGUUUGAGACUCGCAGUGAGUUUGAGGAAAUGACUAUUUUGUAUGAUAUAUGGAAUCGUGGCAUUGACUUGGAGGAUAUGCACUACCUGAAACGAACAUAUGAAAAACGUCUCCAGGAGGACCACAGUACUGACUGGCUCAAUGAUACCCAUUGGGUCCAUCACACCAUCACCAAUAUUCCAAAUCCGAAAAAGAAGAAAAAAUCCCAAGAUGGCUUGAGAGAGCACCUAACUGGUUGUGCUCGAAGUGAGGGGUACUAUUCCAUCAGCAGAAAAGAGAAAGAUAAAUACCUAAAAGUGUAUCCUGUCGCAGCUCAACAGCUGGAUGCCUGCACUACUGACUCACAAGCUCAGGGUACAAACCGUGUCCUUUCGGAGCGAAGAUCAGAGCAGCGGCGAUUGCUGAGUGCCAUGGGCACAUCCUCUGUUGCUGAUAGCGACCUCCUGAAACUCAAUCAGCUUAAGUUCCGUAAGAAAAGGCUGAGGUUUGGUCGCAGUAGAAUCCAUGAGUGGGGCCUAUUUGCUAUGGAGCCAAUUGCAGCUGAUGAGAUGGUAAUAGAGUAUGUAGGCCAGAACACAAGACAGGUGGUAGCAGAUAUGCGUGAAAAACGAUAUGCUAAAGAAGGAAUUGGAAGCAGUUAUCUGUUCCGUGUGGAUCAUGAUACAAUUAUCGAUGCCACAAAGUCUGGAAACCUUGCACGCUUCAUCAACCACUGCUGCUCGCCAAAUUGUUAUGCCAAAGUGAUUACCAUUGAAAACCAGAAGAAGAUUGUCAUCUAUUCCAAGCAGCCUAUUGGGGUGAAUGAAGAGAUCACGUAUGACUACAAAUUUCCUAUUGAAGAGAACAAGAUCCCUUGCCUGUGUGGGACUGAAAACUGCAGGGGUACACUGAAUUAACAUGCUACCCUUGAGGAAGUUCAGCAGCAGAAAUCCUGCAGUGGAACAGCGUUGAAUAUGUUGGCCUGGGGUUCUCCCACUUCAUGUUUUGGGAGAAGGAGGAGUUGCACUGAUAACUUCCAUUUUUUUCCUGAAGGAUACUUGAGCCUUAAUGAGCUUUGCCUCAUUUUCUUGUGGUCCCAUCCUCUCUGGACUCAUUGCUUUGUAUGAAGGAAUGCUUUCCCUGUGAAAAUGAAAUAACAAUGAACAGACAAUGAGGGAUUGACUGAAGUUUUUUUUUUCCAGACAAGGCUUGAUGGGCCAGAGCAUUUCCUGAUGUAGCUGGGACUGCCCCUUUUGCACCCCGUAAGCAUUGAAGGCAGGACCCCAUAUGUAAGACUCGAUGCACUUUUCUUGUAAGUUAGUUAUAAAAAUGACAGGCUGAAUAAAAAUGUUUCUGAGAAAGUAAAGAUAAAGCAACAGCCUUAACAGUCAAAAACAGAACUUUGCUUCCAUUGAGGUAUUGUCUUGUACUCUGUUACGAAAAUUCCCCUCGCAGUUGUGAACACUGUGCUGUCCUCUGAACAAGCAGAGACUAUACUGCUGGACUAGAAAAACAUCACAUUAGUCCUUUUUGAGCUGGGAUACCCCCCCCCCCCCAAUUAUAAAGAGACUGCUAUUUUGUUACCGUAUGUCCUUUCAGAAAUGUCAGCUUUAUUUUUUUGGCAGUAGUACAUGAGUACAUAUAUUCCGCAUCUUGUUGUUGUUUACAUGUAUCAGCCUUUUAUUGUGUUUUGCCAGCUGUCAUUGACUGAGGGAUGGUACUUUGAUAGCAGUCUUGGGCAGAAUAGGAAGGUGAAGUCCCCAGCACAGGUCUGAAUUACUGUUUAAAACUUCUGCCCAUUAUGUUUUAUGUAUAAAAAAAUACAGGUACAGUCCCACUUUAAUAAUCAGAUUGAUUUGCAUCAAUUUUGAAAACCCGAUUGUGCAGUGUUAGGUUAACUUAAUUUUCAUAAACACUGUCAAUUUUAGAAUGCUGAUGUCACCAAGUGUACUAGCUGAGUCAGUCUUGUUACUGGGAAUGUACUCAUGUUUAACACAAGGCAAGGACCUCGGCCCUCAUUUAUGAAGCAGGAACGUUGAAGGACUUUCAUGCACUAAAUGUUGACAAGGCCUUUUGAUUAACAGCUUAAUUAAAGGGGAUAGGUCACCCCAUUCCUAUGAGAAUCCUGUACCUUUUCUUCCAUUCGUAGAGAAUAAUGGGUUGAAGUUUUUAGGAUCUUUUCAGCAAAAUCUUUGGCACACUUUCUCUGUAACAUUUAUCUGUACUUGGUUUUCACCUCAUAUGGGCUAACGCUUCUGUAACAUAUUGCACUGACGUAAAUAGGGUUUAGUGUUAGACUUUUGCUUUGAGAUGUAUUUUAUUGUUGGGCAUUAGUGCUUUCAGCACUUAUUCCCUCUGCAAAUGCCUGCUUGUUAAUUAUUCUCCCAUCUUCCCUGAAGGGAGAGUAAAGUCAAUUAUUUAUUCUCUCCUGUUCGCUGUGUAGCUUCUGAAGUCCAUUCUUGGAUCCGUGCUGUAAGUUGUCUACUCUUCCUUGAGUUCAGUUUUAUUCACUUUUUUUUCUAGCCAGUUCGGGCUGCUGAUUCCACUCUUUUCAGUGGAAACUUUACAUGUCACAGUUGUAACUGUAUUUUUAUGAGUCAGAAAAUUUCAGCUAUUGUAUUUACUGCUGUUGAGGCAAAUGGUUUGGCAUUCAGUAACAACUCACCUGCAUAUUAGUAGAUGUCUUAAGAAAUAGCGUCUUCCUUUCAUGUAACUAGCAUAAUAAUGAGGUUACCUCAUCACCACUGCCACCACCACAUUAAGGAGUUCCCAGAAAUCACUUACUUGUGUAUUACUUUCUAGUAAUUGCAUGCUGUCGGGUGUUGACAGACUCUUAUUCUAUACCUUUGUUUUUGAAAUAUAUUUUGCCAGAUUCAUUUAUAAGAUACUUGGAGUUGGUCUGUUUCCAGAGUUUCAUUCUUAUCAUUCAGUGCUGAAUUGUCUUGUUAGCCAGAAGUCAUAUAUGCAAAACACUUGGCUUCCAUUUCAGUGUCUUCAGGAGCCAGGUUGCCUUUCAGAUGAUUGCCAGCAAUCUGUUACAGACACUGACAGGAGAUUAUGUUACAACAGUUGUGUGUGAGGAGUGGUGAUUGAAGGUGCUCUGUCUUUUCCGAACUUGGAAGAUCAAAGUGAAAAGUCAGUCUCUCUAUGAAUUGUAGCUUGCCACAAGAGUACAGUGAGUCUACAGAUCAUUACAGAUCAGUACUGUGUUUCAGUGCUACUUGACUCCCUUUCAAGCAUCAGUGUUUCACAUUUCUGCCCUAUUUCAUCAUCUUUUCCUCAGUACUGUUUACAUGUGCUGAAAGCUAAGUUGAGCAGAACAUAUUUCCUUUACCUGUUAGACCUUUUAUUUGGUGGUAUGCUGUAGGUCAUUUCUUGAAUGUAGAUUCUCUUACCAGGGCAUUUAUGUUGAGUAGGUGUCUGGCACUGAGCUUACAAUAGGGGAACUGUGCUUUUUUCAUGAAGAAGAUAAGCCAGUCAAAAGAGAAGACCAUCUCAGACCUUAACAUUUAAAACUAUCUCUUGAAGGCUGUAGCACCGGUUUGUUCAUAUGCAGAUGUUUUCAUUGCUGUACCCAGAUGUGGGUCAGCAUGCAGUUUUUCUUUUGUCUGAGGACAUUAUGAAAAAUGGCAAAUGCAUUAUUUAUUUGAACUUGAGAGAUUGGCACAUCGUGUGCAAAAUGUCAGAGGAAUUAGUAGUUUUUGCUGAUGAGCUGUCAGCAAAAGAAGAGAGUAAAAACAGCUAAGAUAAUUUUCUAGGAAAUAAAGAGAGAGGGGUCGCAAGAUGAAGGUGCCACGAGCUUGCCAUCAAUUGAACAGACUUAUUUUGAGCUGGGAUUUUGUGACCACAAAGCCUGAAUCUUUCACAAGAUGAUUUUAUGGAGACCAAACAGCAGAUGCUGUUUUUCUGCUGGUUUACCAAGGUGAAUCAUUGCUUACAGUUUGUACUGAGUUCAGUUUUUGGUUUGCCUAGGUGAUGGUCAGCUUGCAGUUCUGUUUCCAGCUGCAUUGCUUCCUGUUAUUGAGAAGGUUAGUGAUGUUUUCUACAUCAUACUGACCAGAAGCUUUGCACAGAGGUAUGCUUUUGAAUGGACAGUGCAAACUCCUGAUUUGUAUCCCAAGAGUUAUCUGCCUAAAUGCUAGUGUGUUUCUUACUUGUAAGUAUCACCUGUUGUGCUAUAGGCCCUCUUUGCAGUCUGUACAGACUGAACAAUUGUAGAUCAGCUUAUUUGCUACUGCAUUCCACUUGUCCAUCACAAGACUAUUCCAAAUCAGGAUGAUUCGCUUUAACUGUGUGUGAUGGAUCAGUGUCUGCCUUCUAGUCAGUCAGAUGAGAAGUCAGUUUGUGUUGCAGCCAUUCUUAUGGUGAGGAUGAUGCAGUAUAUAAACAGUAGCUGGAUCAAAAUUUUGUAGGCUUUUGUAAGGCAGGUAGGAGAGCAUUCUCUAUAAUUUGGUAUAGCAGUUAGUGGGUAUAAAUUUAGAUCAGCAUAUAAGGAAAAGAAAUUGCUUGAAAAGUUGAAUUUAUGGACACUGCUAUGCAAGUUUUGCUAGUUAGCAAAUAUGCAGUGUAUUGUUUUGCUGUUGAGCCUUUCUUUGGCUGGGCAAAAGUAGUCCCAUGAUGGAUGCGAUUUGCUGUUGUGAAAGUACCUGCUGGUAUUUGGAUGUAGCUAAACUUCUGACAUUUUGAUUUUCUUCUCUUGCGUAAGUUUGCUGGCUUGACUGCCUUGAAUGUUAUCUUGAUAUUUAGUUCUUGUAGCUAAUAAGUUUCAUCUUUAACUUGGUGAAUAUUCUGGAGAAUCUUUGGUUAAGUAGAUGGGAUAUGGUGGCUCGGAAGUGGCAUGGCAGAAGAAGCUUUAUAACUAAUUUAGCAUCCAAAGGCAUGUGCCGGGAUACCUGGGUGUUGAUGGGUGGUAUACUAAAGCCCUUUUUGGAUGUGUACUGCAAGAUUCUGUGUUAUCUCAUUUUUAUUGUGUGACUCUUGUGAUUUGUUAUGGCUGUCUUGACUGCUGUAUUCACCAAGUUCCUCCAUUUAGACACUGACAGCUUGUUUGUUUCUGUCCUGCUGAAUAUCGACUGCCUCAUCAAGAUGUGGACUUUGGCUCAUAAUCCACAUAAGCACCUCCACCACAACAGAUGGAUAAGAGCUGGUGUAGUUGCGUAUUUUAGAUAUGGACUUCUCAGCUACUGACUAGCUGGUCACAGAAGGAUGGGGUGUGUUGAGAAGAGGGAGCUACCAAGUUACUGGACCUGCAGUGCAUUUGAGGCUGCUCAUUCCAUUUGACACUGCUUGCUGUAAAUAUUACCAGGAACAGCAAAUGCUUAGUUAUAUGUGUAGCAUUCUUAGUAUACUUUGACAAAAGGGAAGUUCAGAGUGACAUCUGCGAGGUAGUCAUGUAGUAAUUUGUGUGUUUAUACAUUUAAUUCAAGAAAUAUUAUUAAAGAGUUACAACAUUGGACAGAAAGUGAUGAGACUAAAACUAGAAUGUUUUAGGACAAAACUGCCUGUGCUUGCUGGUCUUCCAAAGGGAUGGCCAAGUUAAAAGGGUUUGCUGUUGUAAUUAUUUAUAUAUGGUGAAAAACACGUUCCUUUGCUAUAACCUUUAGUGCCAGUUUUUCUAUAGCUGGAGUUCACCAGCCAUAGUUCCAGGAGGUGGUACCUAAAAAUGCAUUUUAUAUUUCAAAGAUGUGAGGACAUAGAGUAAAUUGUUUUAAGUUUGUGAUUUGGGGACAUUGGACUUAAACGAAUCCCUGGCUGCUUUCCAGGACAGACAGGAAUACGCACACUGAUAGUAUUCUGUUUUAUUUAAGCAAAUAAACCUACCACAUUUUAUGUAAUGUCAGGCUUUUCUUCCAUUCUGUUUUAUAAGUAAAUAACCUGUAUCUUCAUAGCUGUGGCACGAUCAAAGAAGGUGUUCUGUACAUUAUUUUGUUCAAGAAAAGUUUUUAUAUGCUAUCUACGGGAAGGGGGAGGGAUGUCAUUUGAAAACUGACAGAUGGGUGUUUAUUUUUGUUUUUAAGGAAGUUGUAAAUAUUGUAAAUUUGGGGGAAAAUUGCUGUUUCUUGUAGAAACACUUAUUAAAAUGUAAAUAUGCUAAGUUUCAUACUGAACUGUAAAUAUGAUUUUUUCCCCUUUUGUUAAAUUACCCUUUCUUGAUGGUGCAUUAAACUAUUUUUGCAAAUAAAAAUGAACCCGCAGUGAAUCAAGACAUCAGUGGCUACUUUCCGUUCAGUAUAUGAAAACUAUAUAUGCUUAUGUAUGUAUAACUCGUGAUGGAUAGAUAACCAUAUGGGAUUUCUGUGUCAUAAAGUCAUGGUCCUGAUAAGGCUAACAGCAGUGUACUGAAUUAGGCCUUUAUUGGCAUCCUAGUUAUGGAAUGAAUGAAGAGUUUUCAUUUCACUGGAGAGAGCAAUACUUACUGGUUUAGAAAAAAAAAAAAAAAGCAAAUACUAUUCAGAAGUGGUGAAGUAUCUUUUUCCUUACUGAAAAAAUAUCUUUGAGAGUUUGAAUGCAAUACUUCUGUUUUUAUGAAGGCCAUUCUUUCUUGACACAGGGUACAGUGCAUUUAAAAUUUUAUUUCAUGCUAACAAGAACCCACAUAUAUUAGAUUUUAUUACAGUAACCAACUGAAUAUCCACCCAACUUAUUUUUGAAAUAAUAUUUUGUCAGUUUUCUUUAUACUGAGCAUAUAUGUCUAGUAUUUCCUUCGUAAACGGUGCACUAGGGUCCCAGCUAAGUAACUAAUUUCUUAACAGUAGUUUUAUGUUAGUCAGGACACAGGCAGACUAAAAAGCAAGCCAUAUCUACAGCUACAUUUCUGGGGGGGGGGGGGACUAUAGGCAUUUUGUUUGCAUGGGUUUUUUGGGAGGGUUGUUUCUUCCGUCGUUAUGUAGAAGACUAGUUACCCGCAAUGACCUAAUUACAGCAGCCUGUCCCAAGGGAAAGUUUAGUGGAAAUAAUGGGCCAAGUCUGUGAGGAAAAUUAUAUCUGUACCUAGAUAAUAUUCCUCUUACUGUAAUGCGACUGGGAGGGAAUGUUACCACAUGAACUUCUUUACUAGUAAAUUUCUACAUACCAUACAAGGAGUAUGUAGGAGUGGCUAGCUGAAAGACCUGUACAGGCAGAACCACAGUAAAAAAAAAAAAAAGGUAACCCAUAAGAUGCCAUUAUCUAAUUAAAGUAAUUUGUUUAGCUUGAUUGAUAAUGUUCAGUGAUACUUAAAUCUGUCAUAGGUGUUUGAUUUCUAUUUGUAGCCGGCCUUAGGCAUUGGCCAACUAGGUGACCGCCUAGGGCGCCGCUGUAGCAGGGGCACUUUUUCACUGUUUAUUUGGUGUAAGUAGACCAGGAUGGGGGUACCAGGUGGUGUGGUGGGGGCGCAGUGAAGCCCUUUUGCCUAGGGCACCAGUUGACCUAAGGCCGCUCUAUAGAAAGUAUCGUGCUCUGCCAUUGACUGAUUUAACACUUGCUGCUGAAGUGUCUGAUUUUUCACUAUAGUGAAAUAUAUACAGUACAUCAUAUUGUACACAGAAUCUGGAUAUGUGCAGUGUGGGAACUAUGUGUAAAGCUUAAGAGUCUGAAUUGUAGAAAAUCAGACAGACUCUCUUGUAUGCAAGAAAUGGUCUGCACCAACCCAUAUAGAGAAUUUUAAUUUAGCAUUUUAAACUAAGUGAAUUUUUACCAGUUUUUUUAGCAAAAGGCAGUAUUGUGCUUACGAGAGUAAAGGAUGAGGUUUGGAAACAAUCCUGUUUUGACCAUAGAUGUGCUUUCCUUUGAACCACAGUUCUAUUUAAAAAAAAAUCUGGCUGGAUAAAGGAGACUUUUACUUCUUAGGUUGUUUUAUUUAAAACUAUGAGGGGAUGAGAUCCUGACGUGCCGUGCUAAUGAAGCUUUUUCAGUUUGCAAUGGUGAGACAGUUCUAUAAGACAUGUAUGCCAUUCUCAUCAAUGGUGUGUUUAUUUUUUUUCAUUCAUCAUAAUUCAGCUUCUUUUGACAUAUUUUAGUGCAAAUUGCAUUCUCCUGUUUUAUCCUCCCGUUUUACACUACAAGUUGUUUUGAUGGAUCUCUCCCCAAUAAGCAGAAAUAAGUUAUGUGGGUUUUUAAAAGUUGAUUGCACCUUUUUAAGGUUAAUUUAUUUUUGCACUUAUUUUUUUAACCCCAUCUCACACAAGACCACAAAGGUGGAAUCAGAGAAGUCCUGUACCAAUCAGUGUCUACUGAAUAAUACAGAAUUUUGUUCUAGAUCAGUAUAUGGAUGAUAUACCCUAGUAAUAAGCUGCAUGCAGCUGAAACACUGUUCUGAAGGUUGUUUUAGAUUAACCAGUGUGUCCUAAAAACUGAACAUUUUCUCCAAUGAUAACAGGCAGGCAAGUUUAAUGCAUCUUACAACCUUUUACUUUACUUGGACAGAUCAGGUAAUAAAUAUUGUUUUACAAAAGAGGUGCAACUCACACUGAUGUUUAAGUUGGCCUCAUUUACUAUUUACAAAUGGAAAGAGUACAGAAUAAGUGAGAUUUUUCUGUUUAGCGGUUUGUCUCAUAAAGCAUUUUGUCUCAGUGGUACUUACUACCGUUCUGUUAAAAACUCCCUAAAAAUUAUAACCUCAGAACCUUAUCAUUGUCUUAACUGCCUUCAGAACUGUGUUAAUCAUUCAUUAUUUUCCAAAGCAUAGCACUUUCCUUACCCAAUGUUAUUGUUUACUGGUUCCUUCCAUUUAAACCUGAUUUCUACUACAAUUUCUGGAUCUUCUGUUUUACCGAAGAACCAUACAGUGUUUUAGGAACCAGUGUAUGUAUUAUUAACUUGUAAGAGGUUAGGGUAGGGGUUAAAAGAUUGUGCUCUCCAGUUGUACAUAUUAUUUGUGUUUACAUUUGAAAAAAGUGAAAUGAGUAGCUUUUCGUACUCCACAGUGAGCUGCAGAGAUUUGCAAACAAAUUGGACUUCUCUUGUUAAUAUUGCUUCUGCUGUGUAAAUAUGUUAAUACAUUGUGAAUUCAUGACUUGGUACCCAAUAGCACAUUUUUAUAAAUGUCAUUAAAAAACUUUUAUUGU